CGGUACCGGCUCCUCGCCCUCCUCGGCUGCGGAUCUUUCGGUGCGGUGUGCAAAGCGCUCGACCGACGCACCGGGCGCGUCGUCGCGCUGAAGCGAGUCCCGGACGCGCUCCAGACGGUCGACGCCGCGCGCCGGGUCCUCCGCGAGGUCGUCGUCCUGAACCGCCUGGACCACCCGAACAUCAUCAAGAUCUUCAGCAUCUUCCACACCCCCGCCACGUCGGGCGCGAGGGUGCUGGAUCCCGAUUCGUUCACCCUGGUGCCCGUGUCCGUCGACAUGUACAUGGCCUUUGAGUACGCCACGGGCGGGGACUUGUACGGCCUGCGAGGGGACAUGAGCGCGGACGAGGUGCGAUCGCUGAUGCACCAGCUGGCGAGCGCGGUGAAGUACCUCCACGACGUGGGGGUGUGGCACAGGGACAUCAAGUCGGCGAACAUCCUCUGCGGGCGGAACAGGCUCGGCGGCCGCGUCGGGAAGAGUUUCGCGGAGCGCGAGAUGCUCACCGGCGUCGUCGCCACCCCGUGCUACCGCGCGCCCGAGGUGAUCAUGUCCGAGGGCAAGUACACCGGAGCGAUGGACGUGUGGGCCUUGGGGUGCAUAUUCGGGGAGUUGCUCCAGAGACAGAGCGCCGGCGCGCACACCCCACACCUCACGAUCUCGCCCCUUUUGGGGGAAAAUUUGGGGGAAGACGAGACACGUACGCUCGACGCCGAGAUGCGCGACGCUCGCGACCUCGUCCGGGAGAGCCGAGUCCGAGCUCGACUCAACCUCUUCUUCGACGUCAUCGGCACGCCCUCCUGGCACGACGUCGACGCCGUGUCUUCCGAGCGCUGGCGGCGGGCGGGGGAACAGGCGGUGGACUUGCUGCUGCGGAUGUUGACCUUCGACCCGAGGCGACGCGCGUCGCCGGACGAGAUCCUCGCGCACGAGUAC